CCGCCGGCCCGGUCUGACCCGGAAACACUGCGGCAGGAGGACGCGGUGUCCACAGAAAUGCGGUCGGGGACUAAGCGGCGCCUCCCUUUCCAGCCGCGGGCCCUGCCGGCAGGUGCGCCCCCCUCCCCCCGCGGCCAGCACCAGGCGGCAGUGCGGCCCCUGCGUGACCGAGCAGCCCCGCGGGGGCCUCCCAGGUGCGCCAGGAGGGGACGUCGUGGCCCGUGGGAGCCCAGCAGGCACUGCCCCGCUCCCGCCCCGGUCCGCAUCCUCCUGCCUCGGCCUGUGGGUGCUGGGCCCCCAGACCUGCCCGCUGGCUCCGGUCCCCUUUCCGCCCUUGCCUCCUAACAGCCAUCCGCAGGCCGCGCCCGGCUCCUCCCUCCGGGGGCAGCCGUGGCGGCAGAGAUUUCCUCGUCCUGUUGGUCGUUACCAGUUGGUGCCCGGCCCGUGCGGGACACUCGUUGGGUGAGCGGCAGGUGCGGUCCUGGCGGGCGCUGUGGGCGCUGCUCGUGCCGAGCUCUGUGUGCACUUUCCACAGCCGCCCUCGGGCUCCCAGCAGCCGUCUCCCCGCUUUGGAGAUGGGGAGACUGAGGCCCGAGAAACCGAGCCGCUGGCCUAGGUCGUGGGCGGCAGGUGGCACUUGGGCCGACCGGCAAGAGCGCACACUUAACCGCUACAAAGACCAGCGCGACUUCAUUUCCUCCGAUAACCACCCAAUCAGUACGCUGUUUCCUAGAGUCCUCAGCUCCAAAACACGCUGGAGAAGAUAUUUUUGGAAUUCUAAUAAGUCCAGGGAUUUUAAACGUCAUUUGAAAAGGACUCCGUGAAGAUGGAACGUAGCCUUGGUAUUGAACGACUUUAAGUUGGGGCGGAUAGAUGACCAGCCAGGAAUGGCUCCUGUGUCCAGAAGAGCUAACGCCAUUAGGUCUGGAGGAAAAUGUUCACUCUCGUGAUCAGGGUCAGAAAGGUUUGGGGUACAGCACAUACUAAACCCUCCUCUUAGAAAUUCACGGUGCAGAUUGUGAUCUAACAAUAAAGGCCGAGCAGCCACACACACAAAAAGUGCCCAUAUAAUUUAUUGUCCAAAUGCAAUCACUUGUGUCUAAGAUAAACACUAGAUCAGUCACGGUAAUAGGACGACCAUUCUUGGACACCCUACAGAACCUGCUUGAACUCUGUCAUUCUGCAUCUCAAGAACUUACUUAAACAGAAAGUGCUUUUGUGUAAUGUUUUCCCAGCGUGGCGCUGGCACCGGGACUUCAGUUGGAACCACACUGGCAUUAGGAAUGAUGUGGUGUCAUCAUCAGCUCUCACUCACGGGUGCAGACAGCCCCACGGGUGCGAGAGCGCUUCCUGCUUUCCCGAUUUGUGUCCAGUUCAUCCUAAUGAGCUCAGCUCCCCCGACAUUCAGUCACCCCUGUAAUUUGUGGUGUGCUUUCGACAGGACCCAUGGCAGCUAAUGUCCUAAAGGACUUGGCAAUGGAUCAUCCCACGCAGCCUGUGGAGAGUGGGUCCACUCAACGCGCUGGCACUUCCUGCUUCUGAGCCUGAAGCGAACAGCCAGAUGGUGAGCCUGGUCAGUUCACUCCAUGGGGAGCUGUCCGGGUCAGCCAGCUUGCCUUCCCCUCAGAUUGCAACGCUGUUGCCCAGUCACCAGGCACAUUGACUUUUUUCUAAGCAGGAUGACAGGGCUGCUGGUGCUCUCUUGCUGGUCUCAGAUACAUCUAUCAGACACCGCAUACAGCCAGUGUAAUGACAGUGCUGAGCAAAGCUGACGGAGAGACAUUAGAACCAGACUCCGCGUAGGAGGGCACAAGGGUCCGGAAGGAACUAAACAGCACACACUCGACUGUGAAGCUGUGAGGAGAGUGUUAAUGAAGGGUCUGCUUACAGAGGAGUGGCCACGUGUAAAGGAACAUGCGGCGGCCUGGAAGGUCUGCUGGAGACGAGGAACAAGGGCUGCCUGCAGAAGGGGUGGUCUUCCGCCCGUCACAGCCAUUGUCAGGAUGGCUGUGAACCGUGGAAAAGGACCAUGGACUCUCUCCUCCCAUCCUCCACAUCCUGCCAGCCCAUUGGCUAAACCCGACCACAAGAAAGGCACAGGAGUCGGGAGCUGGAGGCUGUGGAAGUCACCUGCCCGGAGAGGAAAGAAGGGCCCAAAUGGGUUAGGGCCAGAGUACCUAGCGCCAGAGGAAAGAGUCCAAAUCAUGAGCCUCUGGAUUAGACCUGGUAGUUGGGGCUCUGAGGCAGGGACAGGUUCAGGGCUCGGUGAUUUUUCUGUGCUCUCCGGCCUCACAGACCUUUCUUUUCUCUCUCUCCAUUAUGCCUCCUGCUCUGCUUGUCUAAGUCUUACCCUUCUUUCAAGGCUCAGCUCCGUUCCUGUGGCCUUUGCCAGAAGUUUCCUGGUGGCCCAUUUCAUUAUUGUGCCCUCACCUUACUCCCCAUGCCUGUAAUAAUAUUUAUACUGAUCAUUUAACACCAAGUCUUCAUUGUUCUAGAUCUUAUUAAUGACCUGAUCCUCAAACUAAAUGGAAGGCUCGCCCUCGCUGGUUUGGCGCAGUGGAUAGAGCGUUGGCCUGUGGACUGAAGGGUCCUGGGUUUGAUUCCGGUCAAGGGCACAUGCACAGGUUGCAGGCUCCAUCCCCAGUAGGGGGCGUGCAAGAGGCAGCCAAUCAAUGAUUCUCUCUCAUCAUUGAUGUUUCUAUAUCUCUCUACCUCUCCCUUCCUCUCUGAAAUCAAUAAAAAUAUAUUAAAUAAGUAAAUAAAUAAAAAGCUCCAGAAAGGAAGGAUGGGUGAAGCUCUACAUAUAGUAACUGCUCAAUGAAACUUUACCAAAGAGGAGAAAGAAUUCCCCGAGGAUACCACUAACAUAAAUAAUGGUGUUUGAUUUCACUCAGUAAAUUCUGUUGUAAGAAGAAACUUACAGAUAUCCAAAAAUGGUUGAGAUUGAACAGGCUGAGGCCCAGCUCUCUGAGUUAGACCUGCUGGCCAGCAUGUUCCCUGGCGAGAAUGAGCUCACAGUGAAUGACCAGCUCGCUGUAGCAGAACUGAAAGAUUGCAUUGAAAAGGGGACAAUGGAGGGCCGAUCUUCAAAGGUUUACUUUACUAUCAACAUGAACCUGGACAUGUCUGCGGGCACAGUGGUGGUGUUUUCUCUGGCCUGCAUUCUUCCCUUUGAAUACCCUGCAGUUCUGCCUGAAAUCACUGUCAGGUCAGUAUUAUUAAGUAGAUCCCAGCAGACUCAGCUGAACACAGAUCUGACCGCAUACCUGCAGAGGCAUUGCCUCGGAGACGUCUGUAUACUGAAUGCCACCGACUGGGUUAGAGAACAUGCCUCUGGCUAUGUCAGCAGAGACCCCGCCCCUCCCCCCAUUCCAGAAAGUACAGUCCAGCCUGUCCAUGUCAUUCUCACGAGACUCUGGAUCUAUAGCCAUCACAUCUACAACAAAUGCAAACGAAAGGAUAUUCUGCAGUGGGCGAAGGAGCUUUCCCUGUCUGGGUUUAGCAUGCCUGGGAAGCCAGGCGUCGUCUGUGUGGAAGGCCCUCACGGUGCUUGUGAAGAAUUCUGGUCAAGACUCAAAAAAUUAAACUGGAAGAGAAUUUUGAUUCGCCAUCGAGAAGACAUUCCUUUGGAUGGUACAAAUGAUGAAAUGGAAAGAUGGAGAAAAUUUUCAGUUUUUGAAGAAAAAAUGUUCAGUGUUGGUGGAGCCAGAGGAAACCACAUGGACUUUGGUCAGCUGUAUCACUUUUUAAAUGCCAGUGGAUGCGGGGAUGUUUUCCAGAUGUUCUUUGGUGUGGAAGGACAGUAGCUGAGCAGAGGAGUCACUGAAAGUAUUUUGUCACUGUUUUUACCCACUCUUUCUUGAAAGAUUCAGUAAUUUUCCUUCAGUCCAUUCUAAAAUGUUAUGGGUAAAAGAAGAGAAAAAGUAGCAUAGCUCAAGUGCAUCUGUUAAAAAUUGUCCUGAUUGAAAGCAGAACUGAGGCUUUAUUUAUAAUCUUAAAAUUACUGACAGGAAUACCUUGGCAUAUCUACCCAUUUUGAAAGAGAAAUUAAUUUGACUUGAGUUAGAUAAUAUUGGUAGUCCAACUUGCCACCCGUUCUCUAACCCCUGCCCUUUACCUGUCUCCAUGAGCUCUCCCAGCCUCUCUUGAAGCUCAAGUGGCCUGGGGAUAGGGCUUUGGCUAUGGAUUGCCUGGUAAAACUUUUGCUUUCCUGGUUACUAUGAUUGACACAGCAAGAGCACCUCUUACCCCUCUUUUUGCUGCAACACCAAGGCUGAUGGUUGGAGCUGCAGUAGCCCCUUCAUCCACGAGGGCAGGAAGGGCCAGGAGAACCACAGAGAUGCCAGCGCCUGUGGUGAGCUGCUUAUCCAGCACCAGCCCCUGCCUCGCUGUAGAGAGCUUAUCUAUCUAUAUAAAAGCCUAAUAUAAAAGACCAGGAGUUCGAUCACUCCCUAUGAUGUGCGCUGACCACCAGGGGGUGGCGUGGAAUGAAGGAAGGCCCCGGCCGGCCCUGAUCGCCAGUCAGGCCUAGGGACCCUACGUGGGCUUCUAGUUAUGAAAUAAAAACCAUCUUAUUUAUAUUUCUGUGCCACUUACUAGCAGUGGGAAGCUACUUUGCCAAAUCAAUUUUUGAAAGCUUUAGUUUUUAACCCUUUUCGGUCCAACGUGGAGGCUGACUUGACAGACCAGGCGCUAGGAGGAGGUCCAACGUCGAGGCUGAGGUCGACACCGCAAACCAGUUCAACAUUCAAUCCCAUCAAUUAAUUUGGACCAGACUGUUUGAAUUCCAAAAAUAAAAUUGGACCUCAAAGGUUUAAUCUACCCCAACCAUUUGAUACACAAAUAUGUGAAGUAUUUCUUAAGUAGAGUUUGCAGCUCAUAUAUAUUUGUGUAUAUUUAAUGCUCUGUUCCUGAGUUCACCUCACAGAAGGGUAAGGCAUGAACUGAGCUCAAUCUCUUUUUAAAAAAUGUUUUCAUUGAUUUCAGAGAGAGGAAAGGAGAGGGAGAGAUAGAAACAUGAGUAAUGAGAGAGAAUCAUUUAUUGGCUGCCUCCUGCACACCCCACACUGGGGAUCAAGCCAAAAACCCAGGUAUGUGCCCUGACCAGAAUUGAGCCAUGACCUCCUGGAUCAUAGGUUGACGCUCAACCACUGAGCCACACCAGCCAGGCUGUACUUUGUUUUAAGAAAAAGUACACUGCUAUGUACAAAUAUACAGAUCUCAAGUGUAACAAGAAACACAUAGAAUAUAAUAAUAUAUUAGUUUUCUUCCUUGAGACAAACCUGUCAGAUUUAGACAUUGGAUUAUUGACAGAGUGACCAAGAAAGUACAGAUGUUCCAACCUCAUGAUUAGUAAAUUCCUUUGAAAAUGGGUGAGAGUAGUAGCAAAAAAGAAAACUGCAAGUUAGAUGGUCCUACCUACAUUAAUGUAAGAGACCCAAUAAAAGCUGUAAGAAGCUAGUUAAAUGUUAGAGCAAUAUGGCUUCCUUAGACUUUAAAAGUGAAUAUAUAUUUGAUAUAAAGAUCCUGAAAUGUAAAACUGUUCAAUAUGUAUAUUCAUUCCAUAAUGACAAUUUUUCUAUGUAUUAUUUCGGUAAUAUGUCUGGAAUUAGAAUCAUCUGUGAAGGAAGUGUUAUCCUUAAAAGAAACUAUUAAUGCCAAAUCAAAUUAUGAUUAAAAGUUAAAAAUCUAUAGAAAACAGUGUGAGCAGAAAA